AAUAUUUUUUGUUCGAGAACAUUGCCGAAUUUGAAUUCUUUCAAACCUACGCCAAUAACACAAAACCAAACAAAACACAAUUUUUCUAUUGUAACUGAAAUUAGACAAUUUUUUUUGUCUGAGUCCCUAAUAAAAAGUGCAUAAAGUGAAAAUAGUCAACCAUAAUACAUUUGCGUGAGUGCUUACCCAACAAAUUCGAAUCCGAAAAGGAAAAGUAGCAGCGGAAUAGUUAAAAAAAACCAACAACAAAAAUAACCGACAAAAUGAAAUUUUUCAUUGGUCUACUCGCUGUCACCUCAUUGGCUUUGAAUGGCGUAUUGUCAUUACCAGCACGUGACCCUAGUGAGGAUGCUGAAGUGAUUGGCUAUCCACGACGUGUAUCAACCAGAUCUGAAGCUGAGGAUGAUGAUGAUUUCAAGGAUUUCAAAGGUGUUAUUGACACCGGCUCAGGUUAUCCCUUCUUGCAACCAAAUCCAUCUGUACUCAAUUUCGGCUUCUUUGAUUCCUUUGAUGAUAUCUUCCGUCGUUUCAGUGCUCGUCUCUUCCCCACAACUUUGUUGGGACGAGGUGAUGACAGUGAUGAGGCUUCCGGCUCUGGUGGUGUUAUUUCAACCAAUUUUGAUCCCAAAAAGGGCAACACCACAUCCACAGUUAAGGUUGUCGAUGGCCACAAAGUAGAGGUUAAUGAGACUGUCUAUGGUGAUGAGCACAGUAUCUUCAAGGUGCGUGUAGUUAAUGUACGUCCUUUGGAAGAAGGUGAAACUGUAGAAGAGACUGUCCAAACUGGUGUUGGUGAAGCCUCAAGCGACAACAAGCCGGUAACAUCCAGCCCAGCAAAGGCCGCCGAUAGCGAAGAGGAUGAUGACGAUGAACGCCGCGAACCUUUGGCAAAGAAACCACUCGAUAAUGAAAUUGAACGCAACAUCGAUGAUCCUGAGCACUCGAUACGUACGGAAAACAUUGUUGAAGCAACGACAUCCUUGCAAGAGGACAACAAUCCUACAGCCACACCAACAACAACAACAAUGUUGCCAACAAAUGCUGAAGAAGUUGACUUUGUUACAGAGAACACACUUGAGGCACUAGCAGAUGGUGCAGAGAACGACGAAAAUAAUAACGGAAACGGAAAUAACGAAUUUGAAACCAAUAUGUCGUCAUCGUUGUCGCUGUCGGCGGGUGAGAGCAACAAUGUCGAUGAUGCCAUUGGCAGUGCCACCGACAUUGCAGCGACAAUUGAAAAUAAUGAGGAUACCGAGGAAGUGAAUGACAACUUAAAUGAAUCAUCGAACAAUGAUGGCGAUGAUGCUGAUGCUGACGAUGGCGAUGAUGCCCAAGCUGCACCAGAGUUUUCAGAUGCUGAUUCCGAUGACGCUGCUGUCAAUACCAAUGUAAGACUCUCCAAUUAUGCCAGCGUCAUACGCAACAAAUAUCGUGAAGAUGUUUCCUCUUCCGAUGAUGAGACAGAUGAAACUGCCGAUGUAGACUCCAUGCCACCCUCCUUCAACGAUGAAUGGGGCAGCUAUAAUGAGCAGCAAAUUGGCUUUAAUAGGGAAAAUAAUGAUUUCAACAAUGACAUCGAUGUCUAUGAUGUGAAGCCCAUUGAUUUGUCCAAUGACAUUGCCGUCAAUGAUUCCCCCAAUUUGCCCAUUAAUCCCGAUGCCGAGUUUGUCGAUAUCUUUGGGGCCAAGCAGAGCUUUGAGUCAAUGCCAAAGUUUGAAAAGUUAUCCCUCGGUCAGAUGCCCGAAGAUGUUGAGCAUUUAUCUUCAUUUAGUGGUGAAAUGAAAUAGAAGCACUACAAGUGAUAAUUUAAGAGUUUUUAGUUUUAAUUAUGAAAGCAAAAGCAACAAAACUGCUAAUGACUCUGAGAGGAAUUGCAUAAGAAAAAAACAAAAAUUUUUGUUGGCUUAACUUACAUGUUUUUAUCCCCUACCCAUUAUAUUCCCCAUAUGAAUCAUCUUGCAAGCUUGGCAAUUUCUCUAUGAGUCAUUGGCCCAUCAGGCAUUAGAAUACUCAAACAAACGAUAUCAUUACAAAUAAGCUGUCACCUACAGUUUCAGUCACUUUUCUAAAAAUAAUGCAUUUUAAUACCUUUAAAUUAUUUGUACAUUUUAAACAAUUUUACUAAAAAUAUCCUUUAAUGAAUAAUUUAUGCAUAAAGAUGGCCCUUAUCAUGUCAUAUAUAAAACGGAAAUAAUAAUGCAAAUAUUGUAUUUAUUUUUUUUACUGUUUUUGUUUCUGUAAAUACUUCUAUAAAUACUCGGCCAUUUUCUAAAUGCUUUAUCUAAACAAAUGAAGUCAAUUAAAUA